UUCUCUCUCUCUCUCGUCGUCUGUAUCUCUAUUUGUUGUAUAUUAUGCUUAAUUCAGAUGCUUAAACAUGGUAUUUUUUGCCCCGGAGCAGUCGCUUUCUCGGGUUCUACUCAGGGCCGGCGCUGCUAAUAGAGAAUUGACUGUUUCUGUAUGCUUUUUGAUUCUAGCAUUCAAAUUAAGGGUUUUUGUGUUUGUGUUAAUUUUCCACUAGCUCUUAGAGAUGUUGUUUGUGGUACUUAAGGGAGUGAAAUGAUUUAUGGUGGAAAAAAAGAAGUUUAAAGGGUCUGUAGUUUGACAAAACAUAGAUAGGAACUCAUUGAGGGAAUGCUAAUACCUGGUGACGGGUAUUCGAAGUGGUACGUUUCUCCGUUCUGCCGACAAUUACAACCAUGUAGAUGCCAUUUCGCUUAAACUUAGUUAUGAAGUGGUUUGGGAACCUACAAGGAUACGUCUUUCUUUCGCGGGAGGCUACCGGGACUUAAAAGCAUACACCUCCCCCUCUGGAGAGGCUUAGGGUGAACCCAUUAUUUGGCGCCCUCUGUUUGGCCCACUACAAUAGCCCCUCAAGUUCUUAAGUCCAAUCGGCAAAACCGAAUGAGGGGACUCUUCUUUGCCCAAGUUUCCUGGGAAUCAUAGCUUUAUCAAUAUGAACGACAACACAGAUGGCUAAGGAGAGUUAACAUGGACCGUUUUGUUUGAUAGAUACGUACUCCUCUCAAUGCUCUAACACCCUUAUUGGAUAUUGACUGAAUUGUCUCACAAUGUUUUGAACCUAGCUCCAUGGCCCAUGGGAAAUUGUUACUGUGUGGAGCCUCAAAUGCAAAACUCUACUGGCAUAUUGGUUUGGAAAUUACCAGAUUCUAAGCGUUUUGAUGUGCUGGUUCAUAUUGUGCCUGUUGUCUUUUCUUGUACUAUACUACUAUUAACAAACUGAUCCGUUGGACAUACAUUGGAGUUGGCUUUGCAGUUUAGGUUGCUUUAGUGAGACUGAUACACAGAAACAUGGCCUUAGGAUGACACUCUUUUGUGGCAAGUGUGUAAAGUUUACUCACAUACCUUAGGUACGGAAGUAUUGAGUAGAGCAAUGAAAGAAUAGGUGAGACUAAUGGCAUGAAACUGCUGGAAUGGCUCUCGUUUACUAUUCUUUUGACGCAAAGAUUUGCAAAUUGUAAAAGACUGGUUUUGAUACACGAUUCAGUGUUUAUACUUGUUAAGAGUCUUAAGACGAGGUUGUGGAGAUAUCGGCUUUUAAGGAAGGGAUAGUGACUAAUUAUAGUCAAGUCUGCUAAUCAAAUGAUCUGAAUUACGGUAUUAGUGAAGAAUGGUAGGAAAACGAGGGGGUUCGCCUUGUGUUUGAGCCCUUAUACUCUAGCUCACAGGGUCAGGCAUUCAAUCCCCAGUCUCCACUUCCUCCGCUCCCCCUCCCCCCUAGGCUAGGCUAGAGUAGGUAUUUCCAAUGUCAGAAAAUGAAAAGGAUGGUCACUCUUAGGAAUGUAGAUUGUUCACGAGGAAGAAGGAGUGAUGUGAUAUUUCUGAAACAGAAGAGUGAGAUGAUCCUGGUUUUGAGCUAUUGCAGUGCUGAAGAGUUUAAAAGUUCAUUUGAGAAAUGAAUGACAGGUGCUAACUUUGUGUGACCAACCCCAAAUUGCUGGGAUUCAAUCUAACAACAUAUAUGGCUUUUAUUUAUUUAUUGUUGAACAGGUUUCUUCAAGAUUUUCUCUAUUAGGCUUGGACAUGUCAAGAUUGUCUAGGGAUCACUAUUGGAAAGCGUCAAAAAGUCAAAUUGUUUAGCUGGUCGGGGCUUUGGAACUCGGGGCUUUGAAGUUCCAUAAUCAGUUCCAGAAUGUUUUUGGAGUUUUGAAACGUGGGAAAGAAGAAAUCAAGGAAAGAGAAAUAGGAGCUUGAUGAUUAGAAAGCAUGAUGGGUGUUAAGGACUGGGUUUUGUCUCAGUUGGUGUCCAAGUCAGUGGUCUCAUCAAGCCAAUUGUCAGCUGGUGAUAGGUUUUCCAAUGAUGAAUCUCUGAAUGAGGAGUUUAGUAACCAAGUUGCUGCUGACACAUCUCACUCGCCCAUUAGUAACCAAGAAAAUCAGAACGAUGACCCCUUGCAGCAAGUUGUGGUGGAAAAUUCUUGUCAAUCUCAUUCUGGAACUGAUGAGAAGAAGUUGGAUCCCUUGGCAAAAAUCGAGCGGCUCCAAAUAAAUUUCUUGCGACUUGUCCAACGUCUUAGGCAGUCACAAGACAAUCUUGUUGUCUCAAAGGUCUUAUAUCGAAUGCAUCUUGCUUCUUUGAUACGAGCAGGAGAAUCAGAUCUGAAAAGAACCAAUCUCAGAAGCAAUAGAGCCAGAAAAAUAGCAGCAGAACAAGAGGCAUCUGGACUGCCUGAGUUGGAUUUCUCAUUCAGAGUACUGGUCUUGGGAAAAACAGGUGUUGGCAAAAGCGCAACCAUAAACUCUAUAUUCAAUCAAUUCAAGGCCGUCACCAAUGCAUUUCAACCAGCCACCGACCGUAUCCAAGAGAUUGGGGGAACGGUCAAUGGUAUUAAAAUAUCGUUCAUCGAUACGCCAGGUCUGUUGCCUUAUUCUACAAGUAGUGUCGGAAGAAAUAGGAAGAUUUUGAGCUCCGUAAAGAGGUUCAUUAGAAAAUCCCCACCUGACGUUGUGUUAUAUUUCGAACGGCUUGACCUGAUGAAUGUUGGUUAUAGUGUUUUUCCCCUUAUGAAGCUAAUUACCGAAGUAUUUGGUUCUGGAAUUUGGUUCAACACCAUUCUUGUCAUGACGCAUUCUUUCUCAGCUCUUCCUGAUGGGCCAAAUGGGUAUCCCCUCAGCUAUGAAUCUUAUGUGACCCAAUGCACAGAUUUGAUGCAGCACCAUAUUCACCAAGCAGUUUCGGAUUCAAAACUUGAAAACCCUGUACUUUUUGUAGAGAAUCAUCCUCAUUGUAAAACAGAUAUUACAGGUGAGAAAAUUCUUCCAAAUGGACAGGUUUGGAAAAGUCAGUUCUUGUUGCUAUGUGUAUGCACAAAAGUUUUGGGUGAUGUUAAUACUAUCUUGCAAUUAAGAGAUGGUAUUGAACUGGGCCCCUCUAAUACUACACGUCUGCCCUCUCUACCGCACCUCCUCUCAUCUUUCCUACGCCACCGCACUGUUGUGGGCCCAAGUGGAGCGGACGCUGAAGCUGACGUGAUCUUAUCUUCAGACAUGGAGGGAGAAGAUGAAUACGACCAAUUACCUCCUAUUCGAAUUCUGACAAAAACUGAGUUUGAGAAAUUGACUAAAUUGCAGCAAAAGGACUAUCUUGAUGAGCUGGAUUACCGGGAGACCCUUUAUAUGAAAAAGCAGUUGAAAGAAGAGGCUCAUAGGCGGGGAGAGGAAAAAAUGCGCAAGGACGGGACUUUGGGUAGUGAUGGUAGUUCUGAUAAUCAAGAGCCUCCAGAGGCUGUUCAGUUGCCAGAUAUGGCGGUACCACCAAGUUUUGACUCAGAUUGCCCUGUACAUAGAUAUCGUUGCCUUUUAACAGGGGAGCAGUGGCUCGCGAGACCCGUUCUUGAUCCGCACGGGUGGGACCAUGAUGUGGGGUUUGACGGAAUAAACCUAGAAAUAGUGACAGAACUAAAGCACAAUGUAGUUGCUUCUGUCACAGGGCAAUUGAGCAAGGACAAGCAAGAUUUCAGUAUCCAGUCCGAAUGUACCGCAGUUUAUGUGGACCCUAGGGGACCCACUUAUACCGUCGGUCUUGACAUUCAAUCUGCCACUAAAAAUAUGAUCUAUACGGUUCACAGCAAUGCAAAGGUGAGGCACUUUAAGCAUAAUGUUACUGAAUGUGGGGUUUGUGUGACAUCUUUCGGGGAGAAGAAUUAUAUUGGUGCCAAAAUUGAAGACAGUGUUUCAGUUGGGAAGAGACUGAAGUUUUCGAUGAAUGCUGGUUGCAUGGGGAUUUUUCAACAAGCGGCUUAUGGGGGGAGUUUGGAAGCUACUUUAAGGGGCAGGGACUACCCUGUGAGAAAUGAAAGUUUGAGUAUGACAUUGACAAUCCUCUCAUUUAAUAAAGAGACGGUAGUGGGUGGAAGUUUUCAGACCGACUUCAGACUAAGUCGAGGAACUGGAAUGUCAGUUAGUGGAAAUUUGAACAGCCGGAAAAUGGGUCAGGUUUGUGUAAAGACUAGUAGCUCUGAUCAUGUUGAAAUAGCUCUUAUUGCAGUUAUCUCGAUUUUCAGAGCAUUGUUAAGGAGAAGAGCUACUAAUCACAUGGAAACUUUGGAGACGGGAUAAAUCCAGUGUGAUCCUUAGGUGCUAGUUUCUUGUUCAGUAGUAAGGUUAAGUUCCAUUGCAGUGCUUUAUUUAUCAGCAACCUUUAUAGGAGUAAUUUCUCUGCUGCCAAGUAAAGAAAGGAUACGGGGAACUUAUCAGAGAAAGGAAAACUGGGUACUGGCUACUCGGGUGUUUGAAAGAUUCAAUAUUUGUUACGCCGUCUCAUAGUUACUGAGAUGAUAAUUGUAUACUACGCCGUGGGAGGAAUAUCUUUUGUGAUUCCUGUAGCUGUUAGCGAUGAAAGGUGAAUGAAGUUUCUUCAUGCUGGAAAAAUGCUGCCAGAACUUCAUUUUUGUGCGAUGAACCAUUGUAGUAUUUCUUUUCGUUAUGUAUCAACUUAUUCGACUUUGAUUUUUUGCUUGGCACAGGCAUGAAAGUCGAACUUAUGUAUCUAAAAUUUUGUUGUGUUAGAACUUAGAAGUGCUGUCAUCUGAUCGAUUCUGGGCACGGUUAUGAGUUGGGCUCCGUCGUGAUGUAGGAAAUGACAAUCUCCAAACAAUAAUAAGUAAAACCAUUGUACACGUGUUGAACUUUCAA